AUGUUGAUGUUAGAAGAGUAUUGUCCAAGGGAUGAAGUAGAAAAAUUAGAGCAUGAACUAUGGACCCUCAUAAUGAAUGGAUCUAAUCUCGCUGCUUACACGACUAAAUUAUGUGAUCUCUCUGUAUUGUGUCCCGGAAUGAUAACCCUAGAAACAAAAAAGAGGAAAGAUACCUAUGGGGAUUGUCAACCCAAAUUCAAGGAGUUUCUUAACUCUUCAAAAAAGAUUAAGAAGAAUCAGAAGGCGACGUCUUCAAAAAGUCAUAGAGUUCAAGAUGAACCUGCACGGAUCACAGAGACAGUUGAUAGAUGGGUGGCAGAAGAAAAAGCUGUCAAGAUGUAUGAGACUGGUCAGUCAUCUCGACCACAUCUCCCACAUUCUUCUGAAGAUAACACUUUAUCUCAAUUGUUUGAGAAAAGUGUGAAAAUUGAAGAUAAGAUGGAAAUUGUCGAAGGAAGGGCUACUCAUCUCUCUGAAAGAGUGAGAAGGCUAGAAGGACAAAGGAAACGAGAUCAGGAAUCGGUGAUGGAUGUCCAUCAUCGUAUAAAUUUUGCUUAUAAUGACAUGAUUACUCACGAUGCCAGGAUUGCAGAGUUAGAGCUCUACAAUAAAACCUCAAGAAAUGAAGAACGCACGGGAAGUCUUGAGCAGAGAACUCAAGCACUUGAAGAGCAAGUGGUUAAGGUUACUGACGUGCUGGGUCAUCACUUAGGUUUUUAG